AUGGGUGAUAACUCCAUUGUUGGUGCUGUUGCUGCUGCCUCUGCAAAUUUGUGUGUUUCUGAUUCUAUUCAAGGUAUUAUUCACCAAACGACAACGACAUUUACUCCUCAGCAGAAUGGUGUCUCUGAACACAAGAAUCAUCAGUUACUUGAAGUUGCCCGCUCCCUUAUGUUAGACAUGUCUGUUCCCCAUCAUCUUUGGGGGCAUGUUGUUUUAUCUGCUGCCUAUUUGAUUAAUCGUACUCCUAGCCGGGUUCUUGAUUUCAAGACUCCACAUGAUGUGUUUGGUGACCAUGUUUCCCUUGUCUCAGUCUCCAAGUUGCCCCCUAAAGUUUUUGGGUGUGUUGCCUAUGUUCAUGUGUACUCUCAUCAACAGAGUAAACUUGAUCCUUAUGCUUUGCGAUGUGACUUUAUUGGUUACUCGUCUAUUCAGAAAGGUUAUAAGUGCUGUCAUCCACUUACCCAGAAGGGGGAGAGGGAGAGUGAAUUGGAGAGUCUUGGACUGGAGAAUGAUAUUUUUGAAGAUACUGCUCUCGGGAAGGAAACGACAUGUCGCACUGAAGCAAGUGACCGGUCACCCAUAUCUGAAGAUGAAACUUGUGGUCCCUAUGAAGAAACGACUGAUCGCCCUUUAGAACUCGAUCAGUCGCCCAUAUCUGGAGAUGAAGUAGGUGCUCUCGAUGUCGAAACGACUGGUCACACUGAAGCAAGUGACCAGUUGCUUGUAUCUGAAAAUAAUGACAGUGAUUCUUGUAUGGAUGAGUUCAAUGCAAUACCCCCCCUCUGCCCUGCCAGUGCCCAAUCUACUCGUGAUAGUGAAUCAAGUGAGCAUAAAGCUGAUAGUUCCAUUGACCAUUACAAGGCUAGAUUGGUAGCAAAAGGUUAUACUCAGACCUAUGGAGUGGAUUAUUUGGAGACCUUUGCUCCAGUGGCAAAGCUCAAUACUGUGCGUGUACUAUUGUCCCUGGCUGCUAAUCGCGAUUGGCCCUUAUUACAAUUCAAUGUCAAAAAUGCCUUUCUACAUGGUGACCUCAAGGAGGAAAUUUACAUGGAUCUCCCUUCUGGUAUUCCUGUAACCUCUUAG